UCAGCUGAAUCGACGCAAUAACAAGAAUUGGAGAGGGAGAAAGGAGGAAGCCAUUUCUUAUUCGACCAAUUGUCAGUCCAUGUAGUUAUUACGUGUUCUGUUUUUCUUCCCGGACCGACGAUAAAGACACAGGGCCAAGAUUGGGUGAUUCGCUGAAAUAAAGGCGUUUCGGACGCAUCCGGAUACAAGGCUAGCCAGCUGCGUCAUUCUUGUUGUGUGACUCCUUCUCGUCAGCCACACUACACAUCCCCUGGUGAUCAGAUUGUAGCUGGGCCGUUGUUGUAGUUAGCUGUUGAUGUCACACACUGCAGGAAUGGACACAUCGGGCUUGCCUGUACCGGAUGCAAUCCACCCACUGCUCGAACAACUGCAUGAGGCCCUGUUGCUGGAGGUUAAAUACCAACCGAACCUCCAUCAAUUACCUACUACGACGCAGAAUGAUGAGAUAACCAUCGGUGCUCGGGACGGAUCCGCUCACGUAUUAAGAUGCCUGAAAGUGUGGUACGACUUAUCAUCGGACGUCUUCUUCAUGGCCAUCAAUUUGAUGGAUCGCUUUUUGAGCAAGAUGAAGGCGAAGCCGAAGCACAUGGCCUGCAUCAGCGUAUCCGCAUUUCACAUCGCCGCUGUCCAAAUGGCGCAGUCUCUGGACGCCGAUCAUUUGGUCUCCAUUUCCCAGUGUAAGUGCACCGGCGGCGAUCUGAAGCGCAUGUCGGAACUGAUACAGAACAAGCUAGAAUGGGCGCCCGGCACUCAGCCCAUCACUGCGCUAAGCUUCCUGCGUCUGUUCAACGACAUGUUCCACACGGUAGCGUCGCAGCUAGGCCUCGGUGAUAUAUACACCAGUAUCGUCACGGAAUUCGAGCUGCUUCUGCGACUGGAAAUGGUCGUUUGCGACGGUAAUUGUGCCAGCCUCAGACCAUCCGAAGUGGCUUUAGUGUUGCUCUGCACGUACUUGGACGCCGCAGUUAAACGACUGGACGCGAACGCAGAUACCACCGCGACGCCGAUCGACGGUUCAUCCUCGCACAAUACAUCCGCCACGCAGGAACAGAUAGUACCGCUCGUACAGUUUGCUGCAGAGCUCAAGAAGAUAUGCAAAAUUUCAGAUGAAAGUUUCUUCUCCACUUACGAAGCAGUGGGCGCUAUACUGAGCAAGUAUAACGCUCAAGAACAAACACCUCACAGGCAGAGGCUAAUCUGGAGACUGUCGUCGCGCACGGCGCGCAUUUUACGCCCGACUGAUAAAUUAACAUCCGUGUUGCCGGCCAUCGCGGAACAUGCUCCGGUUCCUUCUCCGAGCAGAAUCAGGAAAAGCCGUAAAUUCACUCGACGUCAUGGGAACAAGAGACGUUAAUCUGUGACAUCGUUAUAUUUCUGAGGACGCGGAACUAGCAGUUGAAUGUCCAUCUGGUACAGUGAAUAACAGCAAGAUUCGUUUUCUCCUCCAGUACAAAGAUCAAAGUUUGGCCCGAGAGUACAAACAUCGAUUCACACAUCACGCAUAAUUGAUUUUUCUCAGAUAUUUCGUUUGUGUCGCCCGCUGAGAUGUACAUACUGGCGAAAUGUAAGUCCAUUAUCUCACUGUGUUAAUCUCAGCUCACGUUCUCAUCGCAUCAUACACACAAACACAUGCACAUAUUUUAAAGUAUUCGCGCGUACCUUUGAAUAUUUUAUAAAGGAGACAACAUUUAAAUCCCGUUCCGGCGGUAAGAUCGAAUAGUGAUGAAUAUA